AUGAGACGCUACUCUUUCUACCAUGUCAAACCAACCCACUCGACGCUGGAACGUCGAGGACUCGACACAUCCAACACCUGGCACGUCGCAGCAAUCGUGUGCAUAUUCAUUGCUUGCUCAAUGGUACUGGCCUUCACCGCCGGCAAAAUCAAGGAUCUAAUCCGGAAACGCAGACUCAAGGCACGGGGGGAGGGUCGUCAUCUCCGUGCAUCUCUUAGUAGGUACCCAACUCGCUCUGGACGCGAAGUCGAAAAUGGACCUUACUCUCCCUCUCCCUUCGAUGAUGACGAGAGCAAGGCCGAGUCGGGACAUGCCGUACAUAUCAAUAUGCCUUCUCGACCAUUGAAUGCGUAUCGAAAUGUUCCAUCGCGAUCGAUGCGUGACGAGGAAACAUACAGGCAGCUGACCGCAAGUGGGCGGAGGCAUGAUGGUUUCGAGGCUACGCCGCUGGACGGCGCUCGAUCGGAGGAGCAUUACGGUAGACGAUUUUAA